UAUUACCCUCUAGAUUUUACAUAAGGUCUGGAUCUUUUACCACCAUCAAGCGUAGCGUAGUCUAUCAUAUUGCACCUCCUACUCAUGACAAUGAUGCUAAUGAAAGGAAACGGCCGGGGCUGGUUGAUUCGAUUGGAUGCAGAACAAAAGUUACGUCCUCCAUUAUCGUGGAGUAAUGGAGGUUUGGAGAAGCCGAGGGUAAUAAACACAGUAGACUUUGGCGUACUUGAAGUGGCAAAACCUUAUCUCUUGGCAAGUAAUUACGACAAGAAUUACCACAAGCUGGCUCUUUCCUUAAAUCUCGACGUCUUCCCUGCAGUCAUGCUGGUUAGGGAUGGAGUUUUAUACCUCGGAAAGUGGUCUGGUGGUGGUGUUGACGUUAAAGAAUAUUCCGUCCAACUCUCCCCGUCGAAUCCUGAUGAUGAUGAUGAUCCCUCAUGCAGCAAAACAAUUAAAGCUAAUGAUUAUGAUGAUGUUAUUUUUUAUCAUGGAAAGUUUUGUUCAGUCUCUCAGUCUGGGAAAGUUGCAGCGAUGGAUUCUUCCUUUAAGUGGAAAGUGAUUGCGUUUCCAGUAUCUACUUCAAUGUGGUGGAAGAAGGAGAAGAAGAAGAACUUGGUCGAAUCUCUCGGGGAGCUGCUUUUAGUCGAAAGACAUGGUUCUACUUUUGUUGCAAAACAUUGUUCUGUGGAAGAUAUGCUCAAGACUGAAGUCAAGUUCAAGGUUUACAAGUUGGAUGGAGUUCGGAAGCAAUGGGUUGAGAUGAAGGGUUCGGAUUUGGAUGAUCGAAUAUUGUUUGUGGGGGAAGACUGCUGCUUUUCAGUCUCUGCUCGAGACUUCCCGGGAUGCCAAGGGAAUUGCAUAUAUUUUUCUUAUGAAGUUUGGGGUAAGAAUGUCAUCUCUAGUAGAAUUGGAGUGUUCAACUUGGAUGUUGGGAGGGCGUCGCCACUAGAAGCCAGUGCUAACAUCUUUCUGCCACCCCCAUAAGAUCUAGUAACUGAAUGAUGAUCAGACACUGCUACUUUUGAGCUUGCAAUUCAAAAUCUUAAAAGUUGAUAUAUAUGUAGUUUGGUACUAAUGUCUUCCUAUAUAUUA